CUUCCGUUCUGAGAGCUUUUGACGUCAGCAUAACAACAACCUGUCAUGACAGCUCGAAGAAAGAAAUCUCCAGAAUAAAAUUUACAUGAGUGAUUAUAAAGCCACUUUCACCUGAAUGUAAAACUCUCUCUAAAGUCUGUGUGCGAUCCAGGACGGACAGGACAUUCUGAGACCUGUCAUUUAGCCAGCCGGAGAGACGGGGAACAGGAUUGGGAAGCAGGGCGAGGCGGGCCCCGCGGAGCCGGUGGAGAAGAUGGCUGGCAGCCCGGAGAAGAGCUCCACCGCGCAGGAGCUGAAGGAGCAGGGGAACCGGCUGUUCCUCUGCCGCAAGUACCAGGAGGCUGCCUCAUGCUACAGCAAAGCAAUUAACCGUAAUCCGUCGGUGGCAGUGUACUACACCAACAGGGCUCUCUGCCAUGUCAAGCUGCAGCAGUAUGACAAGGCUCUGGCAGAUUGUAAGCAUGCCUUGGAGCUGGACAGCCAGUCAGUUAAGGCUCACUUUUUUCUAGGCCAGUGUCACCUGGAGCUGGAGAACUACGACGAGGCUAUUGGCAACCUACAGAAAGCCUAUAACCUUGCAAAAGAGCAGAGGCUAAACUUUGGAGAUGACAUCCCCAGCGCAUUGCGCAUUGCCAAGAAGAAACGCUGGAACAGCAUUGAGGAGAAGCGCAUCAACCAGGAGAAUGAGCUACAUGCUUAUCUGACUAAACUCAUACUGGCUGAGAAGGAACGUGAACUUGAGGAAUACAAUGAGAAACAGGAUGACAAUCAAAACAGAAGUGACGCUGGAAAGAUUGCAUCUAAACAUGACAAGUAUUUAAUGGAGAUGGAGGAGCUCUUCUCACAAGUAGAUGAGAAAAGAAAAAAGCGUGAGAUCCCCGAUUACCUUUGUGGAAAAAUCAGUUUUGAGCUGAUGCGGGAGCCUUGCAUCACACCUAGCGGCAUCACCUAUGACCGUAAGGAUAUCGAGGAGCACUUGCAGCGGGUAGGUCACUUUGACCCCGUCACCCGGAGUCCCCUGACCCAGGAUCAGCUGAUCCCCAACCUAGCGAUGAAGGAAGUGAUCGAUGCUUUCAUCCAGGAGAACGGUUGGGUGGAGGACUACUGAAGAGACAAGCUUGUAUCCCCAUUCAGUACAAUGCACAGAGCCUGGACAAGACAAGACUGUAGAGAACAGAUCACUCCUUGCGUGGAUACGUACCUUGGAAGCAGGAAAAGUCACACAGAGGACUACCAGACAGGAGCAACGUGUCUCAACCUGCCUCUCCUCUCCUCCCCCUUUAUUUUUCCUUGUAGAUCAACUUCUUACUCUUAACUGAGGCUCAGUGUUACCGGCCUGCUGCUCCCUUUAAGACCCCCUUCACUCUAACAUUUCUAGCCUUUCUCUUCAUCUUCCUGUCUGUCGUGCUGUUUCAGGUCUUUCUGUGCUCAGAUAGGGACCGUGCUCUCAGGUCUCUUUUGCACUCUGCCUGGUUUCUCUCUCUGUGUCUCUCUUUUUUUCUGAGCCACAGUUUUCUGAAAGAAUAACAAUCCAGUGUUUCACCGAUUCAAAUAUGGAGAAAGAAACAGACUUUUUUUUGCGUCAGGACUUAUACAGACACUGGCCUUUUAUUUCGAGGUUAAUCCAAGUAUAUUUUUGUCAUUUUUCAUUAAAAAAAUGGACGAUCUGCCUAGUUACUAAAGUAUAUCUUUUGGAGAGGUCACUACAAUGCCAAAAACCUAUCCUCAUUCAACAAGAGUGACUUGAUAGUGAGUUUGACACCGUUCUAGAAGAAGGAUGCAACACAGCUCCGCCUCUUCCUGCUGGUGGCACCCCGUCCGUUCAUGCCCCUGUCACUUUACUGUACAUUGUUGAAUAGAUCUUUAUUUGGCAUCUCAAUCAAACCCCAAUCCAGACAAUUCAGAUAAGCUGAAUGUAUAGAUAAUAUAUUUCUUUAGAUUCAGCCAUCAUUAUUACAAGAUGUUUUUUUUUUCCGAACAGUUUAAAGGUUUGGGGAAGAAACCUUGAGCUAAGAACAGAAAAUGAAUAGCUGCAUAAAAAAAAAAAAAAAAAAAAAAACUAAAAGAGUUUUCACAUUGCUGGAUAUGAAUAUUAAUUGCUUAAACGUUUAAACUUGAGAGGAGAGCCAUUAGCUGUUUUGACUGUUGCUGAUAUCUGCUUUGACAAAUGGUCUGCGCUGUAGUGUUUACAGAAGAUGUUUCUGGAUGUUAACGUGCUGUCUGCCUGGAAUGGAAGCGGAUGCUCGAAUCAAAUGAAUUUUGUUCUUUUUAAAAGCCUGAAGAUUGAAUGGUUGCAUCUUUUUAAAGAAAUUGACAAAUCUUUGUACUGUCACAAAUAUAUGAGCUUCAUUUGCAUCACUGCCCCAUAGUCGGCCAUUCAGAGGAUUGCUGGAAGAGUUCUGAUCAUCUUCAUCUGUACCUUAGUUCAAGUUUUUGCGUGCUGGAUUUCCAGCAUUUCCUGUCAUAAAAGGAGUUUUCAAUCCAGUGCUUAGUAGUUUACAGCUGAUUGUGUCUGUGGUGAAUUAGGCCCGUUUGGUUGGUCUUUGUGCUGGGGUUCAGGCUUUGUACAUAAUUUGCUGGUGUUAAUCAGAUUUUAUUUCUUGACAAGUUAGGGUUCUUUUUUUGUCUGGAGAAGGCCUAGAGCUUAAUAAACUGUAUUAAAUGUAGAUAUGUUGAUAACAUGAAUGACUUGUUCUGUUUUCCUUUUGGCCUGAUUAAAUCAUUUCCUUGGA